AUGGCGUCCUUCGAGGAAGAUGUCUGCUUCUGGGAGUCUGUGGAUGUCGAAAGUGACUUCCAAGCCGACACAACCCUCUUCAGAGAUGCCAACUGCGAUGACUUGCUUGAAUUCAAUGAAACUUUCAAGCCUCUGUGGCAAACUGAUGCCCGAAUCGCCGCAACCAUUGAUGGAACAGUUGAGAUUAAGACUGGGUGCAUAGAAGAGGCAAACAUUGUUGAAAUAAAAACUGAAAAGCAGUCACCAGCUGCUCCCACUGGAACUGGUGGCGGAUCGACGCCAAGGCAGAAAUUGAAAGCCGAAGAAGAAGCCCUUUUGUUGAAAUGCAAGAAAGACGGGAAUAAACGGAGCAAGAUUUCUGCCCUGAUCGAGACCAAGAGCACCAUCCAAGUCAAGACGCACGCUCACUACCUGCUAAGAAAGAGUGCUCACCAAGGAAGAACCUCUGGUCAAGCCAUCGACAACAAUGUGCUUGUUGCCACAUCGAAAGGACCAGUGUCCAGACCACCGAAGAAGCAGAUGAAGACGAAACCGCAGGCGACCUCGCGCAACGAGAAUGUCAUCGUACUGAAAGAGGCUGAAGCCAUUGAGACCUUGAAGAACAAGUUUCUGGAGAGUGAAAUUGUCAGCAUCGACAAGUCUGCCGACGAGGAAGACGACAUAGACAUCGACUGCGACGGCACCGACGACGUCGUCUUCUCCCCGCCCAGCUCCCCGAUCCGCAAGAGUGACGCGUUAGUCAGAGUAGCUACCCCUAAGCUGGCGACCGAUUCAUCUGCAGAAGACACUGAGAACGAAAUAAGUUCAGACAGGCCAGGGGGUCUGGAGAAAAGCGCGUCCGGUGCCGUUACAUUCGAGCCUCCUGUUGCAGAAGUCGUGCUGGAGAAGUCAGAGAUCAGCAAAGAUGAGAAGAUAAUUCAUUCGGAGUUCUUUUCUGGAAGCUCUUCUAAAACACCGGAAAGAUACCUUAGGAUCAGGAACUUCAUAAUUGUACAAAGAUUCACACAACGUAAAAUUGAUAAAAUAAAAAAAAGUUGA